GGAAGGAAGAAGAACAGCACCCUUUCUAGAGAAAAGUGGUUCAGCUAGAGAAGUAUUUCCCUCUUUGCUCUUGUCUUGCUUUUCUUUCCUUCUUUUUAUUUGUAUGAAUAAGAAUGUUUGUAUAAAGGCAUUAACUUGCUAAGGUAAUGUAGCAAGUUCUGAUUAAGCAUCCAUACAUAUACUGGACUCUAUUUUAGAAACAGAUUUCUUGGAAAUGCUUUAAUACGAUGGCUGAACAAAGGCAGCGUGCUUUAUCUACAUCGGGACAAGCACUCUACGAACUUCUGGGUCUUGAGAAGGGGGCAUCCCAUGAAGAAAUCAAGAAAUGUUACAGGAAGUUGGCCCUGAAAUAUCAUCCUGACAAGAACCCUGAUAACCCAGAGGCUGCAGAGAAGUUUAAAGAAAUCAAUAAUGCUCAUGCUAUACUAACUGACGGCUCCAAAAGAAACAUAUAUGACCAAUAUGGAUCGUUAGGGCUUUACAUCGCUGAACAAUUUGGUGAAGAAAACGUCAAUACAUACUUCAUGCUUUCGAGCUGGUGGGCAAAGGGCCUGUUUGCAAUCUGUGGCCUGUUGACCGGAUGUUACUUUUGCUGUUGCUUGUGCUGCUGUUUCAACUGCUGCUGUGGAAAGUGCAAGCCUAAGGCACCAGAAGAAGAUCAAGAAUUCUGCUUGUCUCCAGAGGAUCUAGAAGAGCAAAUUAAGACAGACAUGGAAAGAGAUGGGGAAACUCCAAUUCUGCUUCAGCCGACAAAUGCAACUGAGAAAACCCAGCUUAUUGGAGACAGUCGUCGCAGCUACCACACCGAUUCAUAAAAUAGAAGCCAUUGGAGUCUGACGGUCACCAAAGAAGUUAUGGAUUGUAAAGUACUGUUACAACAUUUUCAUAUAUGGCACUAGGACUGCUGCAUUCCUGUGCACACUUAGGUGGAAACAAAUCCCACUGAAGUCAGUUGAGACCAGCUUCUGAGAGAACACGCAUAGGAUAACACAGUAAGAGCUUAUCUGAGCAAAUCAGGUGUGUUUCUGUACAUGUAUGCAAGGAAUAUAAAGUGGGAAAGAACCAUUUUUUAAAAUGAAUAUGCGUGCUAGAGAUAUCAGAGAUAUAGAAAGCUGUUCUAGUGUCAUGUGUGAAAAUGUCCCUAGUCUUCUGCAUAAUUGCACUUGAUUUGUGCUUUAGACAGAAGUGAGUUGGACAUAGUUUCUUCUUUAAUCCUAGGAGUGUUAGAACUUACGGCUGGUCCACACUUCCAUUUGCCCUGCUGCUUCCCCUGGGAAAACAAACAAACAAACAAACAAACAAACAAACAAACAAACAAACAGAAGUGUGGACAAGCCCUUGGUAGACCUGUCAGAUUCUUUCUGUAGUACAAGACUUCAACCAUAUGAGCCUUAGUGUACUCACCCCCAACCCUAAAAUCUUUUCAGAGCCAUUGUACAUUUCCCCCAUCCUUUUAGUUACUGGAAAGAGGAACCAUUGUUCCAUUUGGUGAAUAUAUGUAUGUGUAAAGUGAGAUGUAAGGCUUAAAUGAUCUUCUCAUCCAUGGAGGAUCAUUGUAUGAUUCAGCUCCUUAGAAGAAGGACUAGGCACCAAUUCAAGUAAUACAUAAAACUGCUUUCAGGUCUGCUGGGGUUCAGUUCUAAGCAACAAUUGACUUUAUUUAGUGUCCAGUUAGAGACUCCCAGUAGACACUGGCAACUGUAAAUAGUUCAAAGAUUGUCUUAUUUCUCUUCACCAGAUGAAAAGCCUGCUCUGUAUCCAUGUUCUGGGCAUGCAUGGUCCAUUGAUGGAUCAGCAGGCUACCUUUGAGCACAAGCCAUCUUUACUGCAAAAUAAAUUGCAACUAGCAAUCCAUAGUUUUCAACCCUGUAUUCACACUUGAUGCAUGCAUGGCAAAUGAGAAGUAACAGAAUUUACACAUACACAGCUGUGCUCACAGAAACAUCCAUACAGCCCAUUCUGAAGUGUGUUUACUUAGAAGUUGAAUGGUAUUUACUCCCAGAUCAUAAGUUCACAGCCUGAUCCUCCUAUUGUGCAUAAUCUAUCAAUUUCAAUUUAUCUGAUGUAUGUGAGCAGUCCAUGUCAUCAAUGGUUUUGUUUUACCCUAGGACCUAAUUAAUUAAUUAAUUAAGGGCUUCAUGUUCCUUAAAGAAAAUCUCUAGCCAUUAGAAUAUCAUAAAUUUCAGAUAGUGAAAAGGAAACAAACAAACAAAAAACCCAGUUGCCCAGAGAUAGUGAGAAACCUGGUAAAGAGGCCAUUCCUGGAGCAUCCUACUUCUUAGGGAAUGGGGUUGAACCAGGCCUGCUUCUAUGACCUAUAUGUAAGAAUGCAAACAAGCACUGAUUAACUGUGAACUGAUAGCUGAGAUUUAUUUUGCAAUAGAAGAGUAUGUAGUUCAGUGUACAUACAGAUGUUUCAGUUGAGCUGGACUGUGCACGCAUGGCAGAAGAGUAUAGAAGCAAGUGUUUCAGUUGAUGAAUUCAGACACAAUCAUGGCUGCAACCUUAUGCACACUUACCUGAGAAUUUACAUGUGAAUUUGGUGAGACUGGCAUCCAAGUAAAAUGUGCACAGGAUUAGGCUGGAAACUUGUUAUUCAUUUGAAGAAUGGAAGGAAUCCAGAGCAGGAAAAAAGCCAGAAUACUACCUUGAGAACAAAUGUAGUGAUAUGCAUGGAACCAAUCAGUUGUUACAGUUGCAGUCUUAUUGUUUGUAAGAGGUCAAGAAUAGGAUGCAUUUUCGAUAUUCUAAACUCAGUAUUUGAUAUGUUAGUUAUUUGGCAACAUCAUUUAUCAUUCAUCACAUAGCUUGGCUUGUUUGUUAAUCAUCUGUGUUGAUGUGUUCACUAUUUCAGAAGCACAUCAAGUGACUGAUAACAAAUGAACCUUGCAUAACUGGAAAUAUAAAACAAGUUGUCUUCAUUACAUCACUCUAUACUUCUGAAUUUGUUGCUGUACUCAUUUCAGAAUGUACUAUGUACACUGAUGUUGACUUUUGCUGUCCAAUAUAUAACAUGAACAAUAAAGAUUGCAAGAGUUA